AUGCAUGAAAACCUCUACUCGGCAACGUACUCGGGCGUCGCCGUGUACGAGUUCAUCCACCCAAAGUCCUCCGUGAUGCGCAGGAAAAAGGACGGGUGGGUCAACGCCACCCACAUCUUGAAGGUGGCCAACUUUCCCAAGGCCAAGCGGACAAGAAUCUUGGAGAAAGACGUCCAGACAGGCGUCCACGAAAAGGUCCAGGGGGGCUAUGGUAAGUAUCAGGGUACGUGGGUUCCUUUGAAACGAGCCGUGGAGAUCGCACAGCAGUUCGGGGUCUUGAACGACUUGAACCCCGUCUUCGACUAC